UGGCCUGGGGCACCCUGGGGGUUUCUGCCAUGGGGGUCCCUGACCCGGGGGUCCCCACAGGGUACAUCCCUAGUUACCUGGACAAAGAUGAACAGUGCGUGGUGUGCGGGGACAAGGCCACCGGCUACCACUACCGCUGCAUCACCUGCGAGGGCUGCAAGGGAUUUUUCCGUCGGACCAUCCAGAAGAACCUGCACCCCACCUACUCCUGCAAGUACGAUGGGUGCUGCGUCAUCGACAAGAUCACCCGCAACCAGUGCCAGCUCUGCCGCUUCAAGAAGUGCAUCUCCGUGGGCAUGGCCAUGGACUGUGA